AGUGCAUGGUAGCGUAUAAACACAACGGUAGAGCAGCAAAGCUAAAAACAAGCUUUUUUUCCACCUCUCACGUUGUUUAUGUAACCUAUGGUAACUUCUGUUGGCAGACGGACGUCCUUAUAUGCAGGAGAUGGAUGCUUAUCCCGGGGUCACUGGCGGGGAUUCAACGAAGCAACAGGAGAGACAUUACUACCUGUUGUCUGAGCUGCAGACCCUAGUGAAAGAUUUACCCAGCUCCUUCCAGCAGCGCCUGUCCUACAACACACUGAGUGACCUGGCUCUGGCGCUCAUCGAUGGGACGGUGUAUGAGAUCGUGCAGGGGCUCCUGGAUAUUCAGCAUCUGACUGAAAAGAAUCUGUACAACCAGAGGCAGAAGCUGCACGGUGAGCACCAAGCACUCAGACUGGAGCUUUUACGAAAACACAAAGACGCUCUGCAGUCGUGCAAGUCUCACAACCUCGGGCUUCUCAAAUCAAACCAACAAUCGGAAGUAGAGGCUCUGGACAUACGUGUGCGAGAGGAACAAAAAAUGAUGGAUAAGAAGAUUGUAGCUGAAAUGGAUCAAAAAGUGAUAGACCAGCAGAACACCCUGGAGAAGGCGGGAGUCCCGGGGUUUUAUAUCACCACGAAUCCUCAGGAGCUGACAAUGCAGAUGAACCUACUUGAGCUGGUCCUCAAGCUUCAACAGAAAGAGUCACAAUCUGGAAUACUAUGAGGAAGAUAACGAAGAAGCUUUAUUUUAGCAUAAAAAACCAAUGGCAUAUUCUCACAAUCCAGUUACUGUGAGAUUUCCCGUGUCUCAGUCAACAUGUUACUUACGUUACUGUUUGUAAGAAGCAGCAAGUUCAGAGAAUGUUGAACACAGGUUGUCCCGAGUGUUUUGGUCAUCACCAUCAUAAUCCGGUUGGAGAGAUGAAUAUGGCUUGUAAAGCACUAAAUGCUAUGUCACACAUAAACAUUGAAUUGAUUUGUUUUGCUUCAAAUCCUUAGACACAUUAAAGGACAUGAAGAGAGGACCAGAUGUGGCUGUAUAGAGAAAUAAGGCUGUGACCUUCCUGAAAUAAGAUUAAUAUUUAAGUGCCUCUUGGAGCCUUUGGGGCAGCUAGCCACGUAUGAGGUGAAAAGGAAAGUGUAACUCCUUUUGGUCUAAUCAGAUCUAAUUAUAUGAUCAAAUACAAAGCCACAUUUUUUUACCUGUUCAUAUUUUUUAUUGCGUUUUUGCCAUUCCUAGAGUCUUUCCGGCAGGUUGUGUGAAAACCUGGUGUUUAUUUAAAUCAGCCGCUGGACAUUUGAAAAGUGGAUCAGCUGACCUGACCUCAUGAUGUUCACCUCAAAUAUCUAAAGUAGAAACAGGGUGACAUGUCUCUGUUCCGAACAGACUCUGUGAGGAUAUGGGUUCACGUUAUUGGUUGAGCUUUCCUCUUUAUAUUUGCAUUGAUAUUUAGAAAAUGUCUUACAAAUAAAUAAACAAUAAAUUAUUUGAUUUUCUAUGAAACAAAUGUCAGCUUCAACAAACAAGUGUUUUUGGAGUUUCUUGAAACAUCUAUAUAUGUGAAUCCUUUUUACUGAAUUGAGUUCUGUUGACACUGAUCUUUUUCACAACUAAUUUGUGAAGUACUGUACUGAAUUAUUUCACAGUGUUCAUCAGUUCAUGUUCUAGUAAAUAAAUCGGCAG